UUUUAAAUAAAUAAGAUUAUCACGUGUUUGACAAAUUGAUGUUACGUAUAACGGAAAGUGGUUAUACGCGCGUUCAAUUCUAUUUUUACGAAUGGCAUCUCGUUACCUGAAUAUAACCUCACUUAUUCUCACAAUUGUAAAUUACGAAAGAUUAGGGAUUUUAAUAUCUUAUCUUUGUUAUGGGGAAGAUAUUCUUACGUAUUUAUACUUAUGUUAGAUUUUAAUAAAUGUUUUUUUUUCUUUUUUUUUUUUCAUUUUAUUGCAUUUGCGAUACAUUAAUCUCUGAUAUAACAAACAACAAGCAUCAGAUGGCCGAUAUACCGGAAAACGUACCAUUCACCGAUCCUGCAAUCGCAGUAUCUCAGGGUAGGCGACAUCUUCUUGUACGUGAUUAUACGAUGGCUGUAACCGCGCUUGCCCAGGCUUGCGAAUUGCUUGCGAAGAAACACGGUGAUACGGCAGACGAAUUAGGAGAACCGUAUCUUCUUUACGGACGUGCUCUUCUAGGUCUGGCUAGAGAAGAGACUGGUGUCUUAGGAGGAGGUGUACCAGGUUCCGAGGAAGCUCAAGGUGAAGAAGAUGCAGAGGAUGAUGAUGAGGAUGAAGAAGAUGAUGAAGCUGACGAGGAAAAAUUAAAUAAAAUUGAUGAGAAAGAGGAGGAGGAGGAGGAGGAGGAGGAGGAGGAAGAUGAUGAAGAGAAAGAGGAGGAAGAAGAUGAGAAAGAAAAUAAAAUUGAAUCCGUGAAAGCUACUACUGAAGAAGAAACCUUAGAGAAGAAAAAUGAAAAAAACGAGAAAGAUGAAAAAAAUGAAAAAAAUGAAAAAAUUAAGGAAAAAGAAGAAGAAAAAGAAGAAAAAGAAGAAGAAGAUAUGGAGAAGAAAAAAGAUGAUGAAAAGGAAGAGAAAAGUAUAGUAGAAUCAGAAAAUGAAAAUACUUCGAAAAAUAAUGAAACCACAAAUAAUGCUGAUAAUGAUGCUUCGGAGGCAGCAACAUCGUCAAAACAACAAAAUGGUGAAAGUACAAAAGAAAAUGGUGAAUGUAACUCCGAGGAUAUCACUAAGGAGGACGAAGAGGAUGAAGUUAAUAAUCUUCAGGUCGCUUGGGAGGUACUGGAAUUAGCAAAGCUGGUUUUGCUUAAACGAGGAAAAUCAGGAUGGAAAUUGUUGGCCGAUUCGUAUCGAUUGCUUGGAGAAGUAGCCAUGGAAGGAGGAAAUCACAAGGGUGCUCUAAACGAUCUACAAGGAUGUUUGGAUCUACUGGAAAAGAUUGAUCCACGGGAACCUAGGGCUAUUGCUGAAAUUCAUUACCAAUUAGGAUUGGCUCAUUCUCUGGGCAAUGAAUUUGAUGCAAGCAUAGAAGAAUUUAAUAAAGCUACUGAACUUUUGGAAACUCGCAUAAAAGAACUAGAAGCGAUCACUGAACCACCAAAGACAGAUGAUCCUUUUUAUUCCAUCGAAGGAGAGAUUCAAGAACUUAAGGAUCUCCUUCCAGAGAUUCAAGAAAAAAUCACAGAUAUGCAAGACUUUAAAAAUGAAGCCUGCAAGCUCGUCAUUGAAAAUCUCAAAAGUGGAUUAUCGAGUUGUAGUUCGAACGGUGCUGGACCUAGUUCAGAUGCGUCGAACUCGUCGUCAUCUGGUAACACGACAAGCCCAAAAGUUGUUAAACCGGUUAGCGAUAUAUCGCACCUCGUGCGAAAAAAACGUAAGGUUGACGAACCUGAACCGGAAGUACCCAUGCCACCACGCAAGAAGCCCACUCCCGAAAAAGCCGUCUGAAUAAAGUUUUUAAUAAUUACGAUUUAAAUCGCUAUUAC